AUGUUAAGGCGAGUAAUAAAAGGCUGGCUGGAUUGCUAAACUGAUUUCUAAUGCAGUAGUUGCUUGAAAGAAGACAUCAGUCAAUGCACUGAUUGUAAUUAUCCAGUUAACCAAAAAUCAGUGCUUUCAGGAGAUUCGUUAAAUCCUUGCAGUAAACUUCCAUUAAAGUUUUAUUUCUUAGGUCCUUAGGUAGCUUCUGAAUUUAGCCAAGAUAUUUUCUGCCUCAUAUUUGACUACCAGGAUUAAUAUAAUUGUAUUAAAUGUAAAGAUGGCUAUUACAUCAAUAAAAAUGGUCUCUAUAAUGAGACUGCUUCAAGGUUUUAAGAUAUAUGCUCUCUAUAAAUUUAAGGAUAAAUAUGUCUUGAAGCUGAUUCCUAUGAAAACUGUUUGAUUUGCAAAUAUGGCUAUGGCUUAUACCUUGAUGAAAAAGGAAACUAAAAAUGUCAAAAUAGAAAUACAUUACUUCCUAUUUAAGAUUAAAUAAUUGCAUGCGAAGAUGGUUAUGUUGAUAAAAUAACGGGCAGAUGCACUGCACAUUGUGGAUUAGGUAGGUAUGGAAAAAUGUAGUUUGACUCUAGAGGAUUAAUAGAGGCGUCAAGCUGUGAAACUUGUGAUGAAAUGUGCUUUGAGUGUGCCUCACAAGGGGAAUGCCUAUCAUGUAAAAAAGGCUUUUACUUGUAUACUGGAUCAUCCUAGAAAUCAACUGGAAUAUGUUUGCAAAAAUCAGGAUCUUUAGAUUUAACUAUUUACGUUGAUAGUACGAAUGACUAUUAUUCAGAAGAAAAUUUGACUGGAUAUACUAUCGAUGAUGCUUUUUUGUCCUUACAAAGUGCCUUUAUCAAAGCUUAUGAAUAUGGUGCUCCAUUUGAAAGUGCUGAAAUAACAAUUUUGCUUAUUGCUGGAAAGACUCAUUCGAUGAUCAGAUAUGAUAACAAUCAUCUUCUUCCCAAUGCAUAUGAUCAAAACUCUUAAUCAACAAAGAUUAUUAUUGACUCAACUGAUGGCUCUUUAGUAACAGUUCUAUACAAAUUGAGAGAUUAAUUCAAAUUUGUUGUUGGAGCUGGAUUAGAAAUCAGAAAUAUUGGUUUCAAUGCCUUUGAUUCAAUUUUCGAUUCAAGACAAGGAUUUGAUCUAAUUUUACUUGAAAACUCAGAUUAUUAAUGCUUGAAAGAUCAUUUUUAAAGUUGA